AUGUAUCGCGACCUCCUCACCUUCCUCCUCCUUGCCAGCGCCGGUUCGCUCGCCCUCUCCGCACCCACCUUCAACCCCAAAUUGGCUGGCAUUCCCCCCGCAUCGUCGCCCUCCGCCCACCCCGCUGCCGACACCCUCCCUUUCGCCGACGCACACGAGCGCCGCGCUUGGUCGCGACACCUCGCCAAGCGCCAAGUCGUCGUUCCCAACGUUGCCGCCCCGGCGGUCGUUGCCUCUCCCGCCGUUGUAGCGCCCGUCGCUGCGACCGCCGCGGUAGUCAACACGCCCGCUCAGGCAGUGGCACCGACCUUCAUCAUCGCUCAGCCGAGCUCGGCCGACCCUUUUCCCGCCGCGCCGGUCGUGGCGACUCCAGCGGUUCAGAGCGCCAACAUGCCUCUUCCGGCUGCAGCGACUACGUCUGCCGCGGCCGUGCCGCUCAAGAACCGUCCUGUCGCGUCUUCUAGCGUGCCGACGCCCGAUGCGGCGCCGAUUAGCAGCACCGACUUGCCCUCGUCUGCUCCCGCCUCUUCGAGCGCAAGCGCCUCGUCCUCGUCAGCCGCGAUCAAGUCGUCUGCCUCGCCCGCCUCGCAGUCUUCGAGCGCAACGUCGUCGCCGUCCGCAUCGGCUACAUUGGCGUCAGACAGCUCGAACGGCAACAUCUUCUCUCCCUCGAACCACCUCUUCAUGGUCGGCAUCCUGGUCAUCAUCGGUAUCAUCGUCUUCUCCAUCCUCACUGUGAUCUACCUCGUCAAGCGUCUCGCGCACAGCCCGCGCUACGCCGACUCGCGCGACUACCCCGACGGUUUCCCGCGCGACUUUCUCGACGACAAGGCGCUGUCGAAGAGAUGGAGCCAUACGAGUCAGACGGGACUGUUGUGGGAGGAGGGGGCGAAGGUGCCUGGGUCCAGUGCCGGGGAAGUGGAGGUGAAGGAGGUGAGGAGGAUGGAGCGGCCGACGCAGGAAACAGUUGAGAGGGAGUUUGGAGGACGGCGAGGAGGCGCGCCGCUGCCGCCGGUCAAGGAGGAGCAAGGGCCCACGUCGCGCUGGACGACUUUCACCAAUGCGCCCGAACCGACGCCGCUCGCUGGCCGAGUGGCUUCGUCGACUCUUCCCGUACGACCUGCGCCGCCCUUCCCUCCCCGCCCGUCGUCGGCAGUCCCGCUCCAGCCCGCGCCCGUCCCGCCUCGAGUCUCGUCCGCCCCGCCGACUCUCCCGCCCAAGCCCGCUCCCGUUCCUCCUCCCUCCGCGCGCCAGCCUAACAAGCUUGUCCGCGCCUCGACGACCGCGGCACCGCCACCCGUCGUUCGGGACGCGCACACACUGCAGAAACAUCGUUGGAGCCCGAAGAGGGAGAGUGCGCUGCGGAAUGAGGUUGUCUGA